GAGAAACUCUGAGAUAGCAUAAAUCUUUGUAGACAACUUGGCUGCAAGCAGUUAAACUGAAAUUAACUUCUGCCUUCUGGCUGCAGAGUGCUAGUCUGACAUUCCUGCGUGAUACUCUGCAGACUAAAUCAUGCCAGCAUUAUCAACUGGAUCUGGAAGUGACACAGGUCUGUACGAGCUGCUGGCUGCAUUGCCAGCCCAGCUGCAGCCACAUGUGGACAGCCAGGAAGACCUGACCUUCCUCUGGGAUAUGUUUGGUGAAAAAAGCCUUCAUUCACUGGUGAAGAUUCAUGAAAAACUGCAUUAUUACGAAAAACAGAACCCGGUGCCCAUACUCCACAGUGCAGCAGCCUUGGCAGAUGAUCUGGCUGAGGAGCUGCAGAGCAAGCCACUGAGCAGUGAGAUCAGAGAACUGCUGAAACUCCUCUCAAAACCCAAUCUCAAGGCUUUGCUCUCUGUGCACGAUACUGUUGCUCAGAAGAACUACGAUCCUGUCUUGCCCCCCAUGCCUGAUGAUAUUGAUGAGGAAGAAGAUUCAGUUAAAAUAAUCAGGCUCGUCAAAAACAGGGAACCACUGGGGGCUACUAUUAAAAGAGAUGAACAUACUGGUGCAAUUGUGGUGGCCAGGAUAAUGCGUGGAGGAGCUGCAGAUAGAAGUGGUCUUAUUCACGUUGGUGAUGAACUGAGGGAAGUCAAUGGGAUUCCGGUAGAUGAUAAAAAACCCGAAGAAAUAAUACACAUUUUGGCUCAGUCUCAAGGAGCAAUUACAUUUAAAAUUAUACCUAGUGUGAAGGAAGAAAUGCCAGUGAAGGAAGGCAAGAUGUUUAUCAGAGCCCUAUUUGACUAUGAUCCUAAUGAGGAUAAAGCAAUUCCUUGUAAAGAAGCUGGACUUGCUUUCAGAAAAGGAGAUAUCCUUCAGAUCAUGAGCCAGGAUGAUGCAACCUGGUGGCAGGCCAAACACGAAGGUGAUGCCAAUCCCAGAGCAGGCUUGAUCCCUUCAAAGCAUUUCCAGGAGAGGAGAUUUGCACUAAGAAGACCAGAAGUACAGAUUCAGCCACUGAAAACUUCCAACAGAAAAUCAUCUGGUUUUAGAAGAAGCUUUCGUCUUAGCAGAAAAGAUAAAAAAACAAACAAAUCUAUGUAUGAGUGCAAGAAGAGCGAUCAGUAUGAUACAGCAGAUAUUCCAACAUAUGAAGAAGUUGCAAAAUAUAGACGACAACCUAAUGACAAAUACAGGCUUGUAGUUUUGGUUGGUCCUGUGGGGGUUGGACUGAAUGAACUUAAACGGAAAUUGCUGAUCAGUGACACCCAGCAUUACGGGGUAACAGUGCCACACACUACCCGACCAAGGAGAAGCCAAGAAAGUGAUGGUGUCGAAUACAUUUUCAUUUCCAAGCACUUGUUUGAGACAGACGUACAGAACAACAAGUUUAUCGAGUAUGGCGAGUAUAAGAACAACUACUAUGGUACGAGCUUAGAUUCUGUUCGAUCCGUUCUAGCGAAAAACAAAGUUUGUUUGUUGGAUGUGCAGCCUCAUACAGUGAAACACUUACGGACAUAUGAAUUUAAACCAUUUGUUAUAUUUAUAAAGCCUCCAUCACUUGACCGUUUGAGAGAGACCAGAAAAAAUGCCAAGAUUAUUUCAAGUAAAGAUGAUAAAGGAACCGCAAAACCCUUUACAGAAGAAGAUUUUCAAGAAAUGAUUAAAUCUGCCCACGUGAUGGAGAGCCAGUACGGCCACCUUUUCGAUAAGGUGAUAGUCAAUGAUGACCUCGCUACCGCUUACAGCGAGCUUAAAACAACUUUUGACAGGUUGGAGACCGAGACCUUCUGGGUUCCUGUCAGCUGGCUACAUUCAUAA